CUAUCUUCUUUUCCCUUCCUUUCCUUUCUCUAUCUUUUUUCCUUUCUUUUCUCCUUUCCUGUCCUUUUUCUAUCUUCCUUUCCUUUCCUCUCUUUUUCUAUCUCCCUUCCCUUGCCUUAGGAUGGAGGGGAGAGCCUGGCACACAUCCCAUGUCCUCCUCCUCCUCCCUCUACCCCGUGCACGCCUUUCCCACGUUCGUUCCCCUUCCCAUCCUGGCCAACGGCGUUUUGCAACGGCGCAUCUGUUGCCCGCAUCUGUUGCCCGGGGCAUCCUCGGCGGCGCUCUGCCUAUGCUCAGAGGUGUUCCCCCCCCCAACCCCUCUUUCGCCUCCGACGACUCCUGUAGUUCUUCCUCCACGUCCCCGGAGGUCGCUUCGCUUCGCUUCGCUUUUUUUUUUUUUUGGUUGUUGUUGCUCCACUUCGCCCCGGUUUCGUUUUCCAGCGGGCGGCUGCUUCUUCCCCGCGGCGGCUUCCUGCAAGGCGGGGAAGGAAGAGCCAGAGAUGGGGGAGGCUGCGCGCACCUUCGGGGCCGUUCGUCAGGAACUGGUUAACUCCUUGAUCCGGAAUCCGUCCGAACAAAAUGCCGAACUUUUGCAGCGCCUGGUGGAAGCGCCGUUGACUCCGGCCGAGAAAUACCUGCAGAUCAACGUCAAGGGCAUUUUGCGAGCCAACGUCAAGGAGCAGUUCCAGGUGUGUCUCCGCUUGAUCUGCACUGCCUUCCAGAUCCUGGAGAAAUAUGGGCGCAACCUUCUGCAUCCUCGCAAACCUUAUUUCUGGCGAAUGGUCAAAUUUAACAAUCCGGUUUUCCGGGAUACGGUGGACACGAUCCAG